AUGUUAUAGGCUCUAAACGACUCACUGCACAGAUCACACAUCAGCUUUCUUCAAUGAAAACAGGAUUUACAAAUAACUCACUACCUAAAGUAAAAUAAUACCCAUCAUCUCAUCUCAGAAAGAUUAUAUGUACAAUUUUGAAAUUUGAAUCUUUACAUAUUUGCAUAAAGGUGCAGUAAAUUUCUACUCCCCCCCAAAAAAACAAAGAUGCACAAUUGAAUAGAAUAGAAUAGAAUAUAUCUUUAUUGUCAUUGUACAAGUACAACGAAUUGAAGUGUCAAAUAAGUUAAAUUAUGUGAUCUGUGGAAUAAAAUAAGCCUCGAAGCCAAUACACAUAAUUGUGUGGUAUAACAGCAUUACUUUAAAUAUAUAUAAUUUGAGUUAUUUAGGUUUAUUAUAGACAACCCAAUAAUAUUUUUUUAUCCUAAAAAUCACGACAAAUUUAAAACAAAGUAUUUGGUUCUUCAAGUGUUUUUUUUUUUUUUUAGAUCAAAAUGUUUUAUGGCUAAAAUAAAUAAGCAGGAUGUAAGUGACUCUAGAUUUCGUUCCAAAUGAUAAAUGAGACAUUAAAAAAGCUUUUAUAAACUAAAUCACAGUUUCAUUCAGAAGCCACAGAGUUGGCCUGGAACACAAUGGUCUGAGUAUAUGGAUGAUUGGAUGAUUUGCCCUUUGAUGAACCAUCGCGAAUGAAGCGUAAAAUCAUGCCCUCUCCGCCCCAGUGCCAUCACUCAUGGGGCUAUAUUCAUAUCCAAAUUGCAUUAAUGUCAUGUGUUAAAGCCCCCACGCCCCUAUUUUGCAACAUUUUUUUUUUUUUUUCCAGCUAAUAAGCCUCCUAACUCGUUCAUGUCAUCAGCAUAAUCACUCUGGUAGAGGUCUUGAAGCCUGCAGAAGGAGCAGAUAUCUGGGUCCCCAUCCUCUGAGGGAAAGACGAGUUUGUGUGUAACUCAGCUCCAAACCUGAGGGGGAGUUUUUGAGUGUUUGGUCAACGACAGUGGUUCCUGGAAAAGAUCUGAAUCGUUUUAUAACCAAACCCAGCUGCAGUCUCUCUGUGUGUGUGCAUGUGUGUGUGUGUGUAGGUUCAUCUGUCUGUAUGAGGUAGAGGAAGAGGAAGAGGAGGGGGGGUGUCUUCUCUUUCCAAGAGAGAGAGAGAGAGCGAGAGAGAGAGAGAGAAGUUUGGUCUUUUUUCUCCCCUUCACUUGUUUUUUAGGCAUGAACGCCGAGACCUGUGUUUCAUACAUCGAUAUGACAUCCAUGGAUUCAUAUUAUAGCCCCUCUGCAGCAGCGCAAGGUAGGGAUCACCACCAGACGGACCACUUUAGGACAUUCCCAGCAGCCACUGACACCAAAUACAGCCCCACCACCACCUUCCUGACCAACAAAGGUCAGGCUUACGGAGACAAGUCCUCCCGGAGCCCCUUCCAGCAGGAGUGCCAGUCAUUGGAUGCAGCAGCUGGGCAGCAAGGCACUUUCAGCAAAUACCAGCUCUUCAUGCAGCAGAGGGCUCCUUGCAAAACACCCCCAGAGGAGGGCAAACUGCACCAGGAGAGCAGAGGACAACACAACGGAGCGCUCAUCUCCUGCUAUGGUAAAGACAGUUCAGGUCUGACAGACUCUGACUUGGCACCGGACUCCGACCCACCUGGAAUGGACACCAGCUACCUGGCUGUGAAGGAUCAGGGCGUGAAGGCGGCCUCUGAUAGGCCACCGGGCACAGACUUGUCAAGCCCUCUGGACAAGGGCGACGGCGGCGAAAGCAACAAGGGCAAGAAAAGGCGCAACCGCACGACCUUUACAAGCUACCAGCUGGAAGAGCUGGAGAAGGUUUUCCAGAAGACGCACUAUCCUGACGUUUACGCUCGGGAGCAGCUGGCACUGAGGACUGACCUCACUGAAGCCCGUGUGCAGGUGUGGUUUCAGAACCGAAGGGCGAAAUGGAGGAAAAGGGAGCGUUUUGGUCAGAUGCAGCAGGUCCGAACACAUUUCUCAACAGCUUAUGAGCUGCCUCUUCUGACGCGUCCUGAGAACUACGCACAGAUUCAGAACCCCUCUUGGAUCGGUGGCAGCAGCGCAGCGUCUCCCGUGCCGGGCUGCGUUGUGCCCUGCGACACCGUGACCUCCUGUAUGACACCUCACCCCCACUCUGCCAGCGGGAUGUCUGAUUUUCUGGGCAUGCAGAGCCCCGGAGGUCAUCAUGUGGGACAGGCUCACAUGGGCAGCUUGUUCGGAGGGCCUCCCGGCAUGGCUACAGGCAUCAACACGUACGACCUGAACAUGGACCCUGACCGCAAGUCCUCCAGUAUCGCCGCUUUGCGCAUGAAGGCCAAAGAGCACAGUGCAGCCAUAUCUUGGGCCACAUGAUGUGUUGAUACCUGCUGGAUGGGGGGGACCUUGUUGACCCCUGAGAUGUCUACACAAACCCAGCAUGGGGUGAGGGUGGCACUAUAAUUGAAAACUCUAAAGGCAACAGUGACUACCUUCAUUAAUGUUGCAAUAAAAUUAUUAUCCAAAUACACGGACGGGUGAAGAUUACUCCAAGAGAGAACAACAAGAGAUUUGGCAAGAUAAGUGGCGUGGCACUGCCAUGUUUCUCAACCGCUCUGGUGGGAGAAAGCAACCGCAGUGUGAGCUUUGUGGAAAGGAAAGCCUGGUGGGAGGUGAUGCUGUACUGUAUAACAGGAGUUGCAGUGUAGUUCAGAUGAUAGGCGAAGGAAAAUAAUUUCAAACAAAUCCAUGCACUUAUUUGCUAAAAAAAUACAGGAAAUUGUGUUUGUACAGUGCUUUCAGUGCCAUUGUAGUUCUCUGUUCAGGUGCUGUUUUAUUCUUACCUUAUUAUUUAAAUUUUGAGUGUUAUUGUUUUUUUUUUUCCUCCAGUCAUUUUGUUACUGGUUUUGUUUUGACAAAUAGUUCAGCAAGCAUCCUUAAAAACUGAAAUUAUAAAUUCGUUGUUAUAUGAAAUGUUCAUUUUAUUCUAAGGCAAUCAUUAUCAGCAGACGUGUUUAACUUCAGUCACACCGUUGCUAUGAAAAAGUGUUUAUAUCCAGCAUAUCUGUCACGUUAUGAAGCUUCUCGGAUUCAAUGCAAACAUUUCAGUUCCUAAAAAACGUCAGAGGUGGCUCCACCCUCUAAGCAUUUAAAAGUCAAACAGAUGAAAUGUGGUUUGUUUUAGUGCGGUCAGGGUGAGAGAUCCACCUGCCGCACUGACGCAGCGUGCUGAUGGCCAGAGAGAGGAAGGGAUGGAGGAGGAAGUGGUGUGUGGGAGUAUGCGAGGGGCACAGCAGGCCUGCUGCUCUCAGGGCUGAAGAGCCUGGGAGCGCCAGCCUCCAAACAGAGCCAGCUCUGUUUUCAGGAGGACAGACUCCGAGUGGACAUGACUGUGCCCCCUUUUGCUUUUCUAGUCUCAGGAGUUUCAGAGAGAGAAGUGCCUACUAGUCAGUCAUUCUGCCAGAAAUAACACCGAAACCAGCAGCAGCCCCCUUUGAAACAGAGGAGGCUGGUGGAGAUUACACAGAGUGUGUUGACACGUUUAAACACUGAAAGGAUGUCAGUGUUCAACAGCCUUUUCUGGACUUCAACACGGCUGUCUUUGGCCGACCGGUAAACGGUCAAGAAGCAGCUCUGGCAUAAGAUUUAUUGUAUUUCUUUCUCUUUUUCUGUCAUUAUUUCUAUCAAAUCCAAACAAAAGAAGCCAUCGACCACAUUAAUGCAGAGUAACCUCUCGUCUUCAGUGAGAUUUUGACUACAUCUCAGUUGGAUGUUGCACGUUGGACGACUCAGCACAGGCUUGAGUAUUAAAUAUCAGCUUCAUCCUCCAUCUUCAGACACCCUCAAGUCCUAUUUUACCACAAAAUAACAUGCUUCUGUUCAUCACAUAUUACAUUAAAUUACAUUUCCUGAGGUAGCAAAGCCUCAUCAUCAACCAGGCACAGUGGGCAACUAACCCAGAGCCCUAAACCCAGAUUCACUGUGUCCGUUUAUUCUUUUGUGAAUUUGAUUAAUUACAAAUUUGUUUGUGAUUUUGCACCGCUACAGUGCAAUAAUAACUGGGUCAUGCAUUAUUACAUAAUCUUGUGGCUUUAUCUUGUAAAGGAGCUGUGUGUCAAAAGCUAGUUCUAAAAUAUUUUUAAUUUAUGUUGUGCUAACAUGGUGUAUAAGAAAGGGAUAAUGUACAGCGAGCCGACAGGGCGAUGCAAGACCCCUCCAUGUUGGGGUGCAGAAUCGAUCGCCCUGUCGGGUUUAUUUCACAACAAUGACCUGCCAGCUGUACAUUAUCUCGCUUAUUACACGACUACUUACUUAAGAAAUCAAUCAUUUGAAACAAAAACGGUCCACCUCUCAAAAUAUCCGCGAUCAUUUUCUCAUAAGUCUACAAUAUCAUGCCUGGUAUCGUUGGAAACUAGAGAUUUUGAGCGUGUUGUGUAUUUUCAUCAAAUUUACAGUCCCAGUAGUGGUAAAGAGUAGCAGAAUACAUUCAGUUGCAUCAUCAUCAUGUAAGGGAUAAUGUACAGGGCGUCAGGGUUAUUUCAUAACAAUAACCCGCUCGCUGUACAUUAUCCCGCUUAU